CGCCAGCCACCCCCUAACUCUUUCUUUCUCUUCUCCUCUCCUCUCCAAUGGCGAUCCCACCUCAUCCGACUGCACUCUCUAGAGGUACAGGAUCUUUUUAGUGGAAACUUGUACAUAUAUCCCACUUUUCCCAUACACCUAAAAGCUUAAAUAACCUUUCCUUUUCUCUCUUUCCUCCACCAAACCCUAAUUCUGAUGCCAGAAAGAGUAAGUUUGAUAUCCUCCAUCUAGAAGUUCCCGAUCUCCAGCUCUUACAGAAAAAGGAAGAUCCAUAUCCUGCAGGGUUUAGCUCGUGCAGCUGACACAUAUGGCAGCUGUUUAUUACCUUUUUCCUCACGGGUCUGUCUGAAUUCUCAUUCACAGCUUUCUGAGAGGAGAUAUAUAUCUUUCUGUUACGCAGGCUUCCAAGAAUAAUAUAUAUCUUUUUGGUUAUCUGCAAACUUUCCAACUAUCGCCCUCAAUUCUUUGCAUGCGCAGUCGUCUCUCUUCUGCAAUCAGGUUCCAUUUCAUACUGAUCAAUUAUUUGUUUAUCUAUGGAUUCUGCUAAUAGUGGAAGCAUGCAGUCUUCUAGUGGCGGUGAUGAAGAGUAUGAUUCAUCCCGGCCGGACCAUAAUUCAGUCCCAGCUUUCCUGAACCACUUCAAUCCCAUGUCAAAUUUCCCCCACCAACCCGCUUUCUUUGAUCCUUCUCCUAAUUUCCUCAACCUAUUUUCUCAACCCCAACCUAACCCAAACCCCAAUCCAUCUCUCCUCAAUCUGGAUGUGGUUCGCGGUGGAACACUGAGAUCCGAACCAAACCACACCGAUGCUACCCGUCCUGGUUUAUCAUCACUCACCCAAUCAGCCUUAGCAGCUUCACAACCUGAUCGGACCACUGCUCCCGUUAAAAACCCCAAGAAGAGGACUAGAGCAUCCAGGAGAGCUCCUACUACGGUUCUAACGACCGACACGACAAAUUUCAGAGCAAUGGUGCAGGAAUUCACCGGGAUCCCAUCACCGCCAUUCUCUGGCUCAGCCUAUUCUCGCCGGCUGGAUCUCUUUAGCACGGCAGGUGCAGCCAUGCGGUCUGCUCAUCUGGACCCGCUAGCAGGCAGUCUCUACCCCUUAUGUCCCCUGGCUCAAAGAGUUCAAGUUCCUCCAACGCCACCUCCAUUGUUGCACAACGUCCCCACAUCCGGGUCCGUUGAUGUUACAACGACUAACCAAAAUAUAAUGUCCACAACCAAUCUACUAAACAUUCCUGCAGUUGGUCAGAAUUCAGUUCUUUCAUUUCAGUCUCUCCUCCAGCCACCGCAGCUGCUGCCUCUUCCUCAUCUACACCCUAAUGUGGCUGAUUUCGGUGUGAAGUCACAAGUUGGUUCGUCCAUGGCUUCCUUGGAGGGUCUGGGGUUGAGACAGAGUCAUGUUAAUGCAAACUUUGGUCAAAAUCAGAUUAGGCCUUUGGAUGGGAACUAUAGUUCUUUGCAAAGGGCUAGCAGCUGCAAAGUGAAUUAUUCAUCAGCUUCGUCCACGUCGGAAUUUCAUCACCACCUUCAUAAAGGUUUGGAAAAUGUUUCUUCCAGAGCUGAUCAAGGUACGGUUGAUCCAUGGAUUUGCCCUUCUGAUAAUUUAGAAUUAUGAUGAGAUAAAAAGUGUAGAAAUUAUAGCUAGCAUUGAAAAGAAAUAUGAUGUCAUGGAGAGGGUUUUGCAGCAAUAUAUUUAUUGUAAUUAUCUUUUCUUUCUUAUUUAUUUUUAGAAAUGAACAAGAAAUUUAGUGAAAUUACUUAUAAUUUACCUUGCAUCAUUAUUUUCUUAAGCAUUCAUAACCUCUUACUUCUCUUUUAAAAAAAAUUAAUGCAUGGUUAAUUAUCUUUUUGAAUGUUGGAGAAAAGAACCUAGGAAUCCACAAUGAGGAACAUUAAUUUCCUCGUACCUAGUCUAGUGGAUGAUAACAGAAACGGGUUGGUGCUCUGUUGAUAAGAGGGGCUAUUCUAUUUGCUGCUAGAAUUCCAAUUCCUCCAUGUCUAGUGGUUAGGAAAGGAUGGUCCUAAACUUUUCUUUGCAUAGACUUUUGUGUGUGACUUUAAUUAAAGUUUUUACUUAAUU